UGUUCUUUUUUCGGAACCAGAAAUGAGGUUCUUGAUAACCUCACUGCUUUUUGCGAUUUGCUUGUUGAUAAAGUUUUUCCGAAUCACAUCAAGGAAUUCAAAGAUUAUGCUAAUAUGUACUACAAAAUAAAGAAAAACAAAGUCAAUCUCUCAGAAGAUUCCAUUUGCGCCAAAGCUUUUGUUCUUUUACAGUCACUGCUGCCACGCUCUCGACUAGCUCAUAAUAAGACUAAUGCAAAAAAAAAAAGGCUUUAUUCUAUCAAAGAGUCACUAGACAGUUUUAUGGUUGUUUGCGCAACUGAAACGGAAUAUAAACAAAUGUAUGAUUGCAAAGUCCAGGCAGAAUCAUCUAUUGCCCCCUUCAUAUCAUUAAUUGGAACCCUAGAUGAGCCACAAUCAUUCAUGAUUGACUUUGACAACAUCAUUUACAAAGUUUUCAACUUCGCGAAAGCUGUGGAUAUAUGUUUUAAAGCAUACCAUGUUUUUAAUAUGGCCUACGCCGAGCCAUGCGCUGCAAUGUGGGACUUCAUUAACAGACAAUUCUAUCAGUUAACUAUCAACGCCAAGCCCAAGCCAGGAAUAGAGGCACUGCUUAAUGAAAUUAAAAUCGCAAAAGAAACAAACCUAGAAGAAGAUACGAAUCUGCCGAGCACCUUUACAUUUUGUUAAAUACACUAAAAUUUACGAUAAAAAUAUAAUAAAACCCACCAUGCAAAACAUGAGAAAUAGGCAACAAUCGUCAAUGUCAACAAAUCGGCGACUCGCCGAUUUAUUGCCGUAGUGAGAAAUCGGCAACAUCAUUUCUUUUAAGUCAUUUUACGAAUAUGUUAUCAAAAAUUCCCAAACUGAUGAAUUAUGCCCAAGAUAGGGUUGAAAAAAUAGGAAGCCCCACAACGACGAAAAUAGUUAAUUUCGUUUAAAAAUUAUAAGUUUGUAUUC